CUAAUGAUAACGAAAGAAAUUCCCCUGCGUUUUCAACAUGGCUCCAAAAGUUUCCUUGCUUGCCAACUGGAGUCUCUGUUUCCCCCUCUGAUUUUCCCCAAGUUCCUUCUGGAACCUUCCUUGACAGGGUUUCUGCCUUGCAUUCCUCCAGGGGGCCUGGAGACCGAGGGGGAUUACAGCUAUCAAGGUUUCGAACAGAAAUGUGGCUUCUCCAAGGAGAAAGUGGCCGUGUACAUCAACAGCAGCGUGGCCAUCUCCCCGGACGAGAACGAGAUUGCAGCUUGGCUGGCCAAGAACGGCCCCAUCUCCAUUGCUCUGAACGCCUUUGCUAUGCAGUUCUACCGCAAAGGCGUUUCCCACCCCUUCUUCGUGCUGUGUAAUCCCUGGAUGAUUGACCACGCCGUCCUCUUGGUGGGCUACGGCAAACGUGGCCGGAUUCCCUUCUGGGCGAUCAAGAACAGCUGGGGCGAAGACUGGGGCGAGCAG